UUGACAUCAGCUUACUUGGAGAGGCACAUGAGUGGAAUCAACGACGAGCUAAAAGUGCUUUAGAAAAACAUCAAUCUCCAGUCAUCAUUGACAACACCAACACUCAGGCUUGGGAGAUGAAGCCUUAUGUGUCUAUGGCCUUGAAGUACGGUUACCACAUCAAAUUUGUUGAACCGGACACCACAUGGAAAUGGAAUGUUAAAGAACUGGCAAGACGGAAUCAACAUGGGGUAAACAUGGCGGCCAUAAUAAGAAUGAAAGAACGGUUUGAACAUGGUAUGACUGUGGAAAAGAUUACAAACUCCGAGAAAAAACUUGAUGCAGAUAGGACUGGAAAUGAAACUGUGACUACAAAGGGCACUGGUAGCGACAAUCAGAAUCCCAGUCCCAGACCUCAAAGUUUAUCAAAAGAGAGAAGCCCACAGGAACUGGAUACGAGAAGGGCGGAGAACUAUGAGGUUACGUCUGGAGAGAAAACUACUUCGAAACUUGAAGUGAGUGAAAAGAUAAGUUCCUUGCAAGUUAUGGAAGAUCAAAGUAGCUCUGAAGCGAAAGAAGAACAAUUUAAUGGGCUCAGAAAUUCAAGCGAGAAAUGUGUUAACCUGGAUGAGAAAUCAGUCAGCGACUCCAAAACUGGAGAUAGGGAAGAAAACUGCACUCACUCUGCAGUGAAUGAUCUUGACAUCGGCAAACUCGAAGAAGGAGCAGAUUGUAGCUUGACAGGAGAAUAUGAUGUCAGUUCUAGUCCAAAGCCACAGCGGAUUCAAAGGGUGAGAAACAGGAGAACACCAAACAGACAACAGCAUAUCAAUACAGAGCUGUCAGCACUUGACACUGAACAUGAACGCCAGGGUAACUGCUCGUCCUGUGACAAUCUUGAUAAACCCGACCUGCAUAAGAUGCCCAGCCAAGGGGAGGCAUCAGAAGAAAGCAGCCCGGUAUAUCGUGUGGAGACUCUAUCAAGACUUGCGUCCUUAGCUAACAAUUGUACAGUUUCUCCCGUUGUUUCUUCGAGUGGAAGUGUCAUGGACAGUCCCGCAGUUACUGAAUCAGCAGAUGUAUCGAAGUCGUCAAUCUCCCCGCUCUCGCACAAUCCGUUAACAGACUGUCAGCCAAUCACAGACCCGGUAAACCCUGCUUGUUUAAAUGCUUCUUCCUUGGAGUCUGAUGGAGACGCAGAGGAGAAGAGUGACUCGAGCAAGGAGCCCAUUAAGGGAAAAAUCACUUGUGAGGUAGAAUUCCCCAACAGAAGGACGUCAUUGCCUCUUACGCUCACUCUUGAAGAUGACGUCACAGACGCAUACAGCGGAAGUGACGUGGAAAGACAUGGAGAGCCUUCUGGAGGCAAUUCUAUCCCUACCCCUCCACCCUUGUCAGCACUUCUGGCGUCAGCUUCAAGAACGAAAUUGAAAAGACGCGCAAGGUCCAACAGCGAUCCAACUCAGCCAAUCACAGACUCGGUGAACUCUCCCGAGGGAAUCACUCUGAAACUGCCUCGGGAACCUAAUCAGGUCGCCGGGGAACUGGAACCGAAUGAGUCGUUACAAAGUGUUUGCAAUGAUAACUCUGGUCAAGAAAACAUCACUUCAGACAAAGAUGUUUCCACUGACGCGCAGAACCUGUCUGACGUAUCUGACGUGUCACCGAGUUCAUCCGGGGACUCGCCGAAUGACAUGUCCGCCCAGCUGGAGUUUUUGAAAACGUGUUUCCCGGAUGUGGGUAGUGAUUUGAUGAACGCGUUGUUAACCACUAAUAGCGGCGAUGUGAUGAAAGUAGUUGAUGAAUUGCUGGCCAGCGGCAGUGCAGAAGAAAAAUCGGCUGAAGACACAGAAGUGGCCGAAGAGAACGUUUCCUCAACUGAACUUUCAAACAUUCCAAAUUCGCCUCCAUUGCCCGUGCAUAACACACCCUUCAACGCUUCGAAUGAAGAAGAGCAAUCUCCACCACCCAAGGAAAUGGGCGAGGUCAUUGACCCCACUGGCGGGUUUAAUCAACAAAACACUGAUUCCCGUGAACAUGGCGAGAUUUCCAGCGACACUCCUCCUCAAGAGAACAGAGCAAGUCGUCCCAGGGAUCUGGAACCCAGGCCUCUGACCCGAGGUCAGUCCUCUAGUCAAAGCAGCACCGCAACUUUUCAGCUGACGCUUGAGCCCGCAGUAGCUCUACACCUCAUUGAGAUGUUCGGUUCUUUUGCUGGAGUUAACUUUCAAGAGGAUAUCAGUCACGAAGAUCUUAUCAUAGAUGUGGACAACUCUUUAGCAAGACAGUUGCAUAAAAAAUGGGAGAAGAGUAUCCAGAUGAAAAAGGGGAUUUCUGCUGUUAAAAGAGGUAGUUCAGAGAAAGCAAAAGUAGAACCAACUGGUAACGAUGCAAUCCAGCUUAAUCGUGACCAGCGGUCACCUCAGCGUCCGCGAAAUGAACCUCAAGCAGGAAACUUGAGAGAAAUCAUGGAUGAACAACUCGCGCUGGAGCUGAGCAGGAAUGUUAGUAUAUCGUAA